CGCGUUAUCCUCUACUUUGCUUCUGGUCUGGGAAUAUUGGGCGAGGUUUAAAAGGCUGCCAUUGCUCAGAUAUCGUUCCUCAAACCAGCAAGACUUGAAAACCCUCUUACUUGCCAUGAAGCUCUUGUCAGUCACUAUCGCUGCCCUCUUGGGCCUUUCCCAGCUCGGCAUCGCUCAAAAGGUUUCCGGCGCCGCCCAAGGCUUCGCUUCUGGCGUGACCGGUGGUGGUAACGCGGCACCCCAGACCCCGAAAGACAUCAACGAACUCAAGAAGUUGCUCGCCGAUCCCUCCCCUCGUGUGAUUGUUCUUGACAAGUUAUACGACUACACUGGAACGGAGGGUACGUCCAAGGGAACCGUGUGUGCCAACUGGGGUGAGGGCGCAAAAUGCCAGAAGAUUAUCCAGGACGACUGCGGCAAGGCUGCCAAAUCCACAGGAACCUGGGACACUGCUGCUAAGACCCCCAUCGAUGUCGCCUCACAUAAGACUAUUAUCGGCGUGGGUAACAAGGGUGUCAUCAAGGGCAAGGGUCUGAGAUUCCGUGGUGGUGCUAGCAACAUUAUCGUCCAGAACAUCCAGAUCACUGACCUGAACCCUCAGUAUGUGUGGGGUGGAGAUGCUAUCUCUUUCGAUGGCGCUGAUCUCAUCUGGGUUGACCAUGUUACGACCGCUCGUAUUGGACGUCAGCACUAUGUCUUCGGCUUCAACACCAGCAAGCGUGUGACUCUCUCCAACAACUUUAUCAACGGUGACAGCCCAUUCUCGGCCGGAUGCAACGGAUACCACUACUGGACAUUCGAGAUGGUUGGCAAGGGAGACCAGAUCACUCUUCAGAACAACCACAUUUACCACACCUCUGGCCGCAGUCCUGCCCUGAGUGGAGGCACCCUCCUGCACGCCGUGAACAAUGUCUGGGACGGCAACACUGGCCACGCUCUCGAGGGAGGUGAGGCCACUGCCAGAGGUAUCUUUGAGGGUAACGUUUUCACCGAUGUCAAGGGCAUUGUCGCCGACUUCAAGGGCAGGGCUUUCUUCUCCCCUGAUGCCAACUCCAACAAGCAGUGCAGCUCUGCCCUUGGCCGCGCCUGUGAAGUCAAUGCUCUCACCAACUCCGGCACUCUUCCUUCUCUCAAGGACACUUCAUUCUUUGGUGACUUCAAAGGCCUCAAGAUUGCCCCUGCUACCCCGGCUUCUCAGGCCGCGGCUAAUGUCCCCAAGAACGCUGGUGCGGGCAAGAUCUAAUUUUUUCUUCGUGUACCUAUGACUACACAUCCUUUGUAUUUUCGUGUAUAUUACCUUUCUCUGCACUACCAGUGCUUGUGCAUAGUCUUCAUUCUGUGAUUAACACAGUUUAGUUCUAAAGAUUCAAGUU